CUGGCUCCGUCACCUAACAGCCGCCAACACACUGAGCAGGACGUGAGGACUCCCCACCACCACCAGCACCACCGUAGUCCAGCUCUGACCAGAGGUCUGGUGAAGACUGACAGCCCGAACUUCCUGUGCAGCAGCCUGCCGCAGCACUGGAGGUGCAACAAGACCCUCCCCAGAGCCUUCACUGUGGUUGCUCUGGGCAACGACGUGCCAGACGGCGUGGUGGUGACGGUGAUGGCCGGUAACGAUGACAACAACAACGCCGAGCUACGCAACGCAACAACAACCAUGAAACAAGGCUGCGCCCACUUUAACGACCUCCGCUUCGUGGGCCGCAGCGGAAGAGGGAAAAGUUUCACCCUGUCCAUAAACGUGAUGACCUCGCCCCCUCAGAUCGCCACCCUGCACCGGGCCAUCAAGAUUACGGUUGACGGACCCCGGCUGCCGAGGCGGCAGAGGCAGAAGGAGCCAAAGCCGGGCAUGUUCAGACCCUCCAGUAGCACUGCCUCAACAGACUGUAGGUCCUUUCCCUCGUCGCUCUGGACCACUGAGCCCUCUUUCCUGGGUCAGCCCCCUUCCUACGGCUCCUACCUGUCCUCCCAACCACCUGCCCCCCCUCCGCUGAGCCACAAUGGUCCCUUCCAGCCUGGCAGCUUCUACUAUGGACCAAACCAACAGAUCCAAAACGCGGGGGACGACCGAAACAGCAUCUCAGCUCUGACCAAUUACAUCGACGGGGCGUAUUUCUCCAUGAGAGGAGAGGACCACAAUGGUCCCUUCCAGCCUGGUAGUUUCUACUACGGACCAAACCAACAGAUCCAAAACACGGGGGACGACCGAAACAGCGUCUCAGCUCUGACUAAUUACAUCGACGGGGCGUAUUUCUCCAUGAGAGGAGAGGAGUCCGUCUGGAGGCCCUACUGA